AUGCACACAUCGUCGGAGAACUUCAUGUGCUACGUGUUCCAUGUUGAACCAUCGGCAGCAGCGAUGGCAAAAACGAUUGAAGCUGCAUGCAAACUACGCUAUCAAAAAGUAUUAGAUGCUCACGCUGGACGUGCACCGCAACAUAUCAACAACCAUGAGACCUCUUCAAUCGGCAAGGGAUGGACAGAGUCGCUGCGUGAUGUGUUUGGAUCGGUAACACAACGAAUUGUACCUUCGCGAUCUUUACAGAGUAUAUGA